UUUAUUUUUGCUCCUGUUAGAAACAGGUUUUCUUUUUAACCUUGGGGAAGCAUUAGGGCUUGCCAGAAAGCAUCCUAGGGACUCGGGGUUGGUCCUGGUGAUCUUUUUACCCCUAAGCACAUUACCUCAUGUUUGGAGUCUUCACUGUUUAAUCUUCUGGAUCAGCACCAGGUGUAAAACAUGGCAAGACCUCUGGACUUCUUAAACUCUGAUCCAUUUGUGGACACUGAUGAUUUCCAAGGGAAUGAUGUCCCUGAUCCUAUCAACAAUGUUUUGCUAUCAUCUCCCACAAUUGUGUUUGCCAAUGAGGAAGGUGCAAAACCCAGUUAUAAGAUACAAUGUAAAUGUUUAGUUGAAAUGGACACCAAGUAUGAAAACCUUAACCAAUAUGUUAAUGCUCCAGGAAAAAAACUUUGGACCAGAUUCAAUUCCAAAAUGAUCCAAAAUGAUGAUUUUCAAGGGAAUGGUGUCCCUGAUCCUAUCAACAAUGUGUUGCCAUCAUCUCCCACAAUUGUGUUUGGAAAUGAGGAAGAUACAGACAUUUAUGAGUCAGAAUUUGGCCUCAGUGAAUAUUUAGCUGAAAUGGACACCAAGUAUGAAAACGUUACCCAAUAUGUUAAUGCUCCAGGAAAAACACUUUGGACCAGAUUCAAUUCCAAAAUGAUCCAAAAUGAUGAUUUUCAAGGGAAUGGUGUCCCUGAUCCUAUCAACAAUGUGUUGCCAUCAUCUCCCACAAUUGUGUUUGAAAAUGAGGAAGAUACAGACCCCAGUUAUGAGAUGGAAUGUAAAUGUUUAGUUGAAAUGGACACCAAGUAUGAAAACCUUACCCUGCCUAACAGCCCACAUCCUGGCCAUCUGCCUGUCGUUCAAAAGUUUGAUAGGAAAAUCCUUUUUAAUAUUGUCUCAAGAGGUUGCACGGCAGAACUGGAGGCACUCCUGCCUUUCUUGUUACAUGAGAACAAGAAACUGACAGAUGAAGAAUUUCUAGAUGAAAAGACAAAAAAGACUUGUUUAUCCAAAGCUCUAAUGAAUCUCAACAAAGACAAAAAUUACACAAUCCCAGUGCUUAUCGACAUUGCAGAAAUAACUGGAAAUCUGCAGGAAUUUAUUGACUCACCCUUCAAUGAUUAUUACGAUGGCCAAACUGCUCUUCACAUAGCCAUUGAGAGGCGCUGUAUACAUUAUGUUGAGUUGCUGGUAGAGAAGGGAGCUAAUGUUCAUGCUCAGGCCUGUGGACUUUUCUUUCAACCCAAGGAUGAAGGAGGAUACUUCUACUUUGGUGAACUUCCCCUCUCCCUUGCCGCUUGCACCAACCAAACUGAUAUCGUGGACUAUUUAACACAGAAUUGUCAUAAUAAGGCAGAUUUAUGUCAUCAGGAUUCACGGGGUAAUACAGUUCUGCACGCUUUGGUCGCUAUAGCAGACAAUACACCAGAAAACACCAAAUUUGUCACUGAGAUGUACGAUCUUUUGGUCAUUAAAUGUGCAAAGCUGUACAAUGGCCGUAGCUUGGAGGACAUCCUCAACAAUGAUAAAAUGUCACCUCUCAUGAUGGCAGCCAAACUGGGAAAAACAGAGAUAUUCCAACAUAUAAUCCAGCUUGAAAUAAAAGAUGAAGAAGCUCGACAUCUCUCACGGAAGUUCCGGGAUUGGACAUAUGGCCCUGUUUAUUCUUCACUUUAUGACUUGACUAGGUUGGAUACCUAUGGCGAAGAGGUUUCCGUGCUUGAAAUACUGGCUUAUAAGAGUACAGCUGAGAACCGCCAUGAGAUGCUGGCGGUGGAGCCCAUAAAUGAACUAUUAAAAGAAAAGUGGAAGAAGUUUGGUGCUGUUUCUUUCUACCUCAGUUUUAUUGCCUACAUUAUUACCAUGAUCAUCUUCACAUUAAUUUCAUAUUACCGACCCAUGGAAGGCACGCCCCCUUACCCAUACACAACUACAAUGGACAACAUGCGGCUUGUGGGAGAGAUCAUUAUUCUGCUGACUGGGAUAGUCUUUCUCAUUGCUAAUAUGAGAGAGAUUUAUGUGAAGAAAUACCCUGGACUGAAAUUUCUAUUUACAGAUGGAUGCUUCCAGCUACUUAUCUUCAUCUACUCUGUGCUGGUCAUUAUCACAGCGGCUCUGUACCUUGCUGGUGUUGAAGCUUACCUGGCCGUUAUGGUGAUUGCCCUGGUCCUGGGGUGGAUAAAUGCUUUAUAUUUUACAAGAGGCUUGAAGCUCACUGGGAUGUACAGUGUUAUGCUUCAGAAGAUCCUGUUAAAAGAUUUGCUUCGCUUUCUGUUGGUGUACCUGCUGUUUCUCAUUGGAUAUGCAUCAGCUUUGGUAUCUUUGCUGAAUCCCUGCACCAAUGAGGAGAUAUGCAAUAGUCAAGAAAAUUGUACUGUUUCAGAAAAUCCUUCCUGUCAACACAGCAUCACAUUCAGCAAAUUAAUGCUUAACCUCUUCACAUUGACCAUUGGGAUGGGAGACCUUGAGAUGAUCAACCAUGCCAAAUACCCUGCCGUCUUCAUCAUUCUAAUGGCAUCAUACAUUAUCAUCACCUUUGUUCUCCUCCUUAACAUGUUAAUUGCUUUAAUGGGGGAGACUGUUGGUGAUGUGUCCAAGGAAAGCAAACAGAUCUGGCAACUGCAGUGGGCCACCACAAUCCUAGAUAUAGAGAGAUAUCUUCCAGCCUUUAUGAAGAAAGCCUUCCGCUCUGGAGAAAUGGUAACUGUUGGAAAGAAAGUGAAUGGGGACCCACAUGAACGCUGGUGUUUUAGGGUUGACGAGGUGAACUGGUCCCACUGGAAACAGGAUAUUGCCAUUAUUAAUGAGGAUCCUGGAAGGAGCAACUUACAGAUCGUGGGGAAGCAUAAAGCUGGCCAACAUUCAGAAGAUGUUAUGGUGCUUCUUGAAAAAUUGCCACAAUCCCAGACUGAUGAGAAGAACAAGAAGGAUUACUGAACGCAAAUCUAAAUGAAUGUGGCAGAGAGAAGAGGUCCCUGAUGUGGCACAGAGUAGAGCACUCCAGCAAUAACCGCUCCACUAGUAUUGUGACAUAUUGUAUUUUUCAAAUCUUCUCAAUUUGGUAUUAUCAGAAUUAUUUCAUAAAGAGGAACUUGACCUGAAGAUGGCCCUUUAAAUGCCAUAGUCGUAUCGCCUACAGUCUGUAGAUAAAAGUACCAAAUUGCAUAGAGAAUAAAUUCUACAUUCUCUGGCACUUUCAGAUUUACAGAAGGAAAGUGCUUGUGCUCCAUGCAGAACCCUUCAGUUUUGAUAUUGGUUCCUGGGACGCUGUUCUCUCAUGAACCAAUGACAGUAGUGCCCGUGUAACAAUAUUGACUACUGUUAAAUUUUGAUCCCUCCCCCACUAAAUGAACUAAAAAAACAGCAUCCCUACCACCUAUAAUACAUAUAUUUCACUAAAAUUACCUGAAUUUCAUUUCUCUUACUUUUUACAGUGUUUUUGUUUACAGACAGACAAUUUAAUUUAUGUAUUUUUUUUUUUUUUUAAUGUUUGCCUUAUUGAGGGUUUUUGUGCUCUAAAAUGUCCUCUGAUAUCUGCUCUACACUGGUGGGUUUGUGAUUCUGAAUGAGUUUCCGGGUUUUACAACGGAAUAAUGUUUUUCUUAUUGUGACAUUACUGAAUUUGUAAUGAUUGUGUUUGUAUAGAAUUUUUGGUCUGCACUGUUCUUUGUUAAUUUCACCCGUAAAGGGGUCAUUUGUGCAGUGUGCCGAGUGCAUUAUUCAUUUUGUCAUUGCUUUUAUGGCUUCGAUUGAUUUUAUUUUAUUUUUUUUAGUAUUGCGUUGGUCUUUAUUAUUUGUUUCCAUCCAUAAAAGCAAAUUCUUUAGGGAUUUUGCAAUACAUUUUGUUUUAUUGCUUUGAGUGAUUUUAUAGAAUUGCAGUUAUUUGACUGUAUUUGUAGUCCUGCCAUAGUCUAAAACAGUUUAAUUGCACAUGAGAACAGUGAAUCAGGAAUUCUUAUUUUUUAAAUUUUUUAGCUUUGAGUAGUUUUAUAGAAUUGCAGUGAUCAUAAUGGAUUUUCAAUGCGAUUGACUUGCUUGUUCCAGAAAGGCCCAGGUCAGUGGCGUAACUAAUCUAGCCUAGGAUAUGCACCCUGGCCCACCCCACGCCAGACUUGUGCUAU